CUGGGAGCUCAGACUGUCGUUAAAGCUGCGCUCGCUGGGGAGGACGGUGAACUUCUCGAUCUUCUAGAGUUCAAAGAUCAUGACAAUGUUGCUUUUUGGCUUCCUGUUUGUGGGUUUUGCUGUUUUUGGGCGCUGUUAUGACGAAAUACGGGGUGGAACACCUGGCCUUGGUUCAAGUGGACUGCACAACUUCAAGUCCUUCUGAUCUUAAACCCCCAGCCCAUGCAGUACAGCAGUGUGCAGUUGAUCCAAGAACCCGAGUUGAAUGUGGCCUGUUUAAGCUCAACCAGAUUCUCUGCCAUCUGCGGGGCUGCUGUUACAGAGAAAUAACCCCUGAUGUUCACAAGUGUUACAAAGCUGAAGUACCUCCAAUCUGUGAAGUGCCCGCUCAUGAACGGACGACGUGUGGCUACCCCUUUAUUUCUGUCGAUGCCUGCAACCAAGAGGGCUGCUGCUUUGAUGCCCGGCUGUGGCCCUCGGAGUGGUGCUUCAGACCCUCCUCCUCCUCACGAUGAAGGUCUUCUGCUACCCACCAUUGAGGCGUCACAUGCUGUUAUGUGCUGGAGAACUUUUGGAACAGUUCUGACAUGUACUCUUUACCUGCCUAUUUGCCACGAUUAAAAGUGAAGGGGGUCCUGUUAGAAGAUGCGUCUGUGUGGUGUGUAGCAGUGGAUGAGCGUUGAGCAGCCCGGGUCUGCUACGGUGGGUGAUGUGCUGAUUCGGACUUGUUCCCAUAAAUACAUACCAACAUUUUGGGUUCAUUUUCCCCAACACAAGUGCAGACCAACCACGGACCAAGAUGAAGGCUAAGGAUGGAUGUAUCCUGACGUCCCCUCAAAUAAGA